GGAGACGCUGCACGGCAGAGGCUGCGGGGCGGACGCGCGGGCCGGUGCGGCCAUGGUGAAGAUCAGUUUCCAGCCCGCCGUCGCCGGCGUCAAGGCCGACAAGGCCGACAAGGGUCCGGCGGCGACCCCCGCCGCGGCGCCCGCCCCGGCCGCCGAGAUCCUGCUGACGCCGGCCAGGGAGGAGCGGCCCCCCUACCACCGUGCCAAGAAGAGCUCAGCGGGCGGCGUGUGCUACCUGUCCAUGGGCGUGGUUGUCCUGCUCAUGGGCCUGGCCUUUGCUUCCGUCUACAUCUACAGAUACUUCUUCCUUGCUCAGCUGGCCCGGGACAACUUCUUCCACUGUGGCAUGCUCUACGAGGACUCGCUGUCCUCCCAGACGCACACCCGGAUGGAGCUGGAGGAGGACGUGAAAAUCUACCUCGAGGACAACUACGAGCACAUCAACGUCCCCGUGCCCCAGUUUGGCGGCGGCGACGCCGCAGACAUCAUCCACGACUUCCAGCGGGGCCUUACCGCCUACCACGACAUCUCUCUGGACAAGUGCUACGUCAUCGAGCUCAACACCACCAUCGUGCUGCCCCCUCGCAACUUCUGGGAGCUCCUCAUGAACGUAAAGAGGGGGACCUACCUCCCGCAGACGUACACCAUCCAGGAGGAAAUGGUGGUGACGGAGCACGUCAGUGACAAGGAGGCGCUGGGUUCCUUCAUCCGCCACCUGUGUGAUGGGAAAGACACCUACCGGCUGCGGCGCAGGGCCUCCCGCAGGCGCAUCAGCAAGCGAGGGGCCAAGAACUGCAACACCAUCCGCCACUUCGAGAACACCUUCGUGGUGGAGACGCUCAUCUGUGGGGCGGCGUGAGGCCGGCCGCCCUCCCGCCCUGUUCUCCUGCUCCCCUCCUCCUACUCCCCCUCCCCUCCUCCUCCUCCCCCUCCCCUCCUCCUCCUCCCCCUCCCCUCCUCCUCCGGGGCCACUCCUGCCCUCCUCACUGCCUUGCUUGUGUGCUGUGGACGCCUUUCCCUAGAUGUGCCCUGUCUGCAUUUCUCCCGGUGGCCUCUGGGGGCGCCCUUGCUGACCCUGGGCGUAGGGGAGGGAGGGGCGCCUCCUCCAAGUCAGGCCGGGCCCAGGGGUGGCCCUGAAGGAGGAACCCUCUGGUGAGGGUGUGGGUGGGGGAGGGGAGAGAUGGGGUUUGCACGGGUGGGAACCCCCCCAGAGCACAAGGGGAGGUGGCUGUCCCGGCGUCUCCCCAGGACUCCUGUGAGUGCCUUGAGCCCCCCAGCGGGACCCUGGGGUUUGGGGUGGGGAUGCCUGUCAAGCACAAAUGUUUCCUGAGUGGAACCAAAGAAGCCGGGAGCCAGGGCCCAAACCUGGCCCCAGCAGCACAAGUGGGGCCCCCCCAGCAGCGGGGGCGGGAGCAGGUGGCCGAGGCCGGGGAGGAGCCAUGGGGUCAUUGCUUCCUGCGAGCCCAGGGCUGGUUCCAGAGACCCUGCAGGGACCCCGCACGGAAGAGAGAGCCUGCUCCUUGCUUGCCCUGCGCCCCCUCCCGACUCCGACUCCAUGCCCCCUGCUCCGGGCGAGUGCAGCGCCCGCCCCUCCUCCCUACUUUUGCAUGUUUUUCCUGACCUGGGAUUCGCUGAUGCUGACAGCCCUGAGCCUCCGGCCAGACUUGGGUGCUCUCUGGGGAGGAGACUCGCUCGCUUUGUAUAUUUUCUCAGAUCUCUUUUCAAAAGUGUCUGCAGAACAAUAAAAAUCUUUUACU